CUUCCCUUCCCUCCUCCCUUUUCCGCCCCAGGGGCUGCGAGAUGCUCGUCAUCUUCCUCCGUGGGCUCUUUGAUCGGCGCCUCCCUUCUCUCCGAUAAGUGAAUCCCAGGCAUGGCCGAGAAACGCAAACUCCCCGCGCGCGACCGUCGCGAAUCUGCGGCGAAGCGACGGGCCUCCGAAGCCGCGUCUCGACCUUCACCUCAACCUCAACUCCUAUCCUCAAGGAGAAAGGCAUCCACCCCGAUUGUUGCCCCUUCACCUCCGCCGCCGCCCUCGGAACCUGUCGAGCCCCCUUUGCCUACAAAGGUUAAGGAUGGAGAGCCUCUCCCCACCACGGCCGCGCCGCAGCCGGCGACUCUCUCGGAGAAGGAGUAUCAGUCAUUCGCGGAAAGCGCGAUACUUUUAGUUUCCCUGGAACGAUCGAAGAAGAAAUGGCUCAGCGAUGGCAUUCUGGUACGAUACUGGACGAAGCCCAAGAAAACCAAAAGAGAACAAAUCGAAGGGAAAAACCCACCCAAGGAGACGAUGUCAAAGGUUGGAGCUUGCAAUAUCGUGGUCGGGCCUCAUCUCUUUGACGCUAUGCUAUACACCGUCAAAGAUCCCAACGCGCCGCCUCCCAUCCAAUACACACAGCCGCAACGCCCAAUGGUCCAUUACGGCCACCCGAACAACUUCCAACAAUACCAUCCUUAUCCUAAUUCCCCAGCUCCGCCUCAGAAUCAAAGACAACAUCCGCCACAGGGCUCACCGGCCACCCCGGGAACGCCUCAGCCUGGUUACCCUGCUGGCAGCCAUCCGCCUCCGCAUCCUGCGCGAACCCCUAAUCAGCCACCCCAUCGUCCUCCUGGGCCGCAGUCUGCACCACGGCCGUCGCCUUCGCAGCAGCCUCCAGCUCCACAGCCGGCAAAACCGAGUCCGGAUCCCGUCAUUCAGAUGCUUGCAACCCGAGCCGCGUCCGACCCCGAACUUAAAGCCCUGAUGAGAGUGGUGGCAUCCAGCAAAGCGUCUCAAGAGCAGCUCCGGGCUUUCCAGGCCCAUAUUGACGAGCUCAAUGCAAUUAUCCGCGCAAGGGAGCAGCAGCAGCAACGACAGCAGCAACAACAGCAGCAGCAGCAACGACAGUCUCAGCCCUCCACUCCUGCCCAUCCACAGGCUUCUCGGCCAUCCCAGCCUCCACAGCAAAACCCCCAACAGCAGAUGCCGCAGCAGCCGUCUUCACAAAAGCCACCCCAGCAGUCAGGCCAACGGAAAGAUCAAGGACAAACGCCGUCGCAACCAAUGCCGCGUGUUGAAGUACACAUUCCCAAACCCCAAUCCUCCGUUCACGGCUCAUCAAAAUCUAUCUCCUUACAGCAGCCACCAACCCCCGCUCCCCAAACGCCUAACCCGGCACCCCAGGUUGUGAUCAAACAAGAAUCUGGUGCCGUGGUACCGGCUCAGUCGACCACUCAACCGGCGCCGAGUCCCAGUGUCACCCCAGCUCCAAUCGCUACCCCGGAUCCGCAGAAACAGUCCAGUCCGGCAGUACGUCCUAUGCCACCUCCUCAACAGCAGCAGGCAGGACCGCGACCAGGUCCUCCACCCCCGCAACAUCAGCAAUCUCCAUAUCAAGGCGGUCACCCACCCACCAUCCAGUCUCGUCCUCCGCAAUAUGGCUCUCCAGCGCCGUAUUAUCGCCAAGCGCCUCCGCCUCCGCCUCCCAGGCAGAACUACAAGUCUGUCGUCUUCGAAUUUACAUCGCCUUUGACCCCAUAUGGAAGUAGUACUUCUGGACAUGCAGGAUCCGGCGACCGCUAUCUAUUCCCCGAGUACACCAUUUUGGAAUGGCUUCCCGGGGGAACCACCGUUCUCGCAUCAUUUCUUCUCGUGCGAAAGGUCGAUCCAAACACACCUUUCCCCAUUGAGGUACCCUCAGAAACAACCACUUCACGAGCCAAGGGAAAGACUGCCAAGGCCAAGUCCAAAAAGGCAGAUAAGAAAAAGGACCAAGCCACCGCCGCGGAAGAAAACAAGGACAAGGAGAGCGAGAAAGAGAAAUCCAAGGAGAAGGGGAAAGAUGAACCCGAGACCUCCACCUCCACCUCCGACACCAAACCCCCUCCCAAAGACGGCGACAAAGAAGCAGAACCCGACCAAAAAGCCCUCCCAACCGCAACGCCCAACAAACCAUCUACCGAGAAAAAAGAAGACCCAAAAGCCAAAGAUGACGCAAAGUCCGACUCCCACCUCAAAGAAUACUACCAACCCGUCACAUUCCGCAUCUUCAGCAACAACCCCAAAGUCCUCGAGCCACUCAGUCGCGUCGUCAAACCCCCAGAGGAAGUGCGCAAGCACAUGAACGAGAUCAUGGAUCGCGCGGAACGCGCCCCCGAAGGCUUUCUGGCCUACCGUCUGCCCCGCGAGGAGCACGAUGAGAACCAGGCUCGCGAGCCAGACGAGCCCAAGAAAAGCGCUACCCCUGUCCCUGUCCAUGUGUCUCGGGGUCGGUUCCGCUCGCGCAGUAAACCGGUUGAUGAGGAGUCCGAUGUUGAGAGGAAUAGCAAGGUUGGGUUUGACGAGGAGGAAGAGGAGGAGUUGAGGGACUUUUAUGGUCCGCCGACGGGAUUGCCCCCUUUGAGGCCUUGA